GAGUAUGACUUAAUCAGACCGGAUAGUUUACUUCAUGGUAUCAAUAUCUUAUUCAAUAUCUUACUUGACACGUUUAUAGUUUUUCCUAAAUUUGAAGCAGGCAGAGAAAGCAAACAAACCAAGCGGCAACCUUUGUGUGUGUGUGUGUGUGUGAGAGAGAGAGAGAGAGAGAUCGAGAUGGAAAGGCAACGAAUGAGACCUCUCCGGUUGGUGCUAGUUCCAUGUCCAUUCCAAGGUCACAUAAACCCAAUGCUUCAAUUGGGAACAAUCCUCCAUUCCAAGGGCUUUUCAAUCACAGUCGCUCACACCCAAUUCAACUCUCCAAACCCCUCAGCUCACCCUGAUUUCAGCUUUCUUCCCUUACCUGAUACCUUACCUGACCACAACAGCUCAACUGGUGAUUUAGUAGCUUUUGUUUGGGAACUUAAUGUGAAUUAUAAAGCUCGUUUCCAUGAAUGCUUGGCUCAAGUGAUGGAGCAACAGGGGCUUGAAGAUCGAAUCGCCUGCGUCAUCUACGACGAGGUCAUGUGCUUCUCUGAAGCGGUGGCUAUGGAGUUGAAGCUUCCAAGCGUUGUCUUACGCACUGCUAGCGCUGCUACUUUUCUUGCGCGUACAAGCAUUCUCCAACUCAAGGCAGAAGGCUAUAUUCCCUUCCCAGAAUCAAUGUCACAGGAUCUAAUUCCGGAGCUUUACCCACUCAGGUUCAAGGAUCUACCCUUCUCCGUUUUUAUAACAUUAGAGGACCUUGUGCAACAAUUGAGUACAUUUACCAACAUUAGAACAUCUUCGGCCAUCAUUUGGAAUACGAUUGACAGCCUUGAAAAAUCAACAUUAGCAAAAAUCCAACAACAAUGUCGAAUUCCAAUCUUCCCAAUAGGCCCUUUGCACGAGAUUGCCUCGGCCUCCUCUAGUAGCUUAUUGGAGGAGGAUAGUAGUUGCUUGGCAUGGCUUGAUAAGCAAAGUUAUAACUCAGUCAUUUAUGUAAGUUUCGGAAGCGUAGCAUUCAUGGACAUGAAAGAGCUAGCUGAGAUUGCUUGGGGACUAGCAAACAGCCAACAACCUUUCUUGUGGGUGGUUCGACCGGGCUCAAUUCGUGGUUCUGAAUUGAUUGAGGUAUUACCCAAAGGUUUUAAAGAAACGAUUGGGGAGAGAGGUUACAUUGUGAAAUGGGCACCCCAAAAGGAAGUUUUGGCACAUGACGCAGUGGGCGGGUUUUUUAGCCAUUGUGGUUGGAACUCUACAUUGGAAAGUAUUUGUGGAGGAAUUCCAAUGAUAUGCAGACCAUGUUUUAGUGAUCAGAGGGUAAACGCAAGAUAUAUAAGCCAGGUUUGGACGGUAGGCUUGGAAUUGGGGAAUGAGUUGCAGAGAGGGGAGAUAGAGAGAGCUAUAAGAAGACUAAUGGUGGAGAAAGAAGGCAAGGAGAUGAGGGAAAGGGCCAAGAUUUUGAAGGAGAAAGUUGAACUUAGUAUUGGGGAAGGGGGUUCUUCUAAAAAUUCCUUGAAUGAGCUAAUAGAGAUUAUCAUGUCAUUUUAAUGACAUAGAAGCCUUUAUCAAAUCUAUAAGGGGCUUUUUUAUUAUA